AUGAGCACGGAUGAGGCGCGCGUGCGGGCGAUUGCUGAGCUGGUCUCUGCGCUGGUCUCCGGAGUCCGAGAUGGCCGCGACGUUGACCUGAACCAGCUGAAGUGCGAGAUCAGUCGGCGUUACCGCCUCGCCCGUUCGCCCAAGCUGGUGGAGAUCAUUGCGGCGCUACCCGAGGAGCACCGGGCGGCCCUGCUGCCGAGGCUGAGAGCCAAACCCGUACGUACGGCAUCAGGUAUUGCGGUGGUGGCGGUGAUGUCCAAGCCGCACCGCUGUCCCCACAUCGCCACCACGGGCAACAUUUGCAUCUACUGCCCGGGAGGUCCCGACAGUGACUUUGAAUACUCAACUCAGAGCUACACGGGGUAUGAGCCGACAUCCAUGCGCGCGAUUCGGGCGCGGUACGACCCGUACGUGCAGGCUCGCGGACGCGUCGACCAGCUGCGCAAGCUGGGGCAUGUCGUGGACAAGGUGGAGUACAUUCUGAUGGGCGGGACGUUCAUGUCGCUACCCGCCGACUACCGGGACUACUUCAUUCGCAAUCUGCAUGAUGCGCUGUCCGGACACGCAAGCAGCUGUGCCGUACGCUACAGUGAGGAGAGCCGUACCAAGUGCAUCGGCCUCACCAUUGAGACGCGGCCAGACUACUGCGCCCGGAGUCACCUGACGGACAUGUUGUCGUACGGUUGUACGAGACUUGAAAUCGGGCUGCAGUCCAUUUACGAGGACGUGGCCCGGGACACUAACCGGGGCCACACGGUGGAAGCGGUGAAGCAGUGUUUCGUGGGAGCAAAGGAUGCCGGAUUCAAGGUGGUGGUGCACAUGAUGCCCGACCUGCCCGGAGUGGGCUGGGAGCGGGACAUCGAGUGCUUCCGGGAGUUCUUCGAAAACCCGGAUUUCCGUACAGACGGCCUCAAGCUCUAUCCCACGCUUGUCAUCCGAGGUACGGGAUUGUACGAGCUGUGGAAGCGGGGGCUGUACCGCAACUACGCUCCUGACAAGCUGGUCGACCUGGUGGCUCGAGUGUUGGCCCUUGUGCCGCCCUGGGUCCGUGUUUAUCGUAUUCAGCGGGAUAUCCCCAUGCCUCUGGUGACCGCCGGCGUCGAGAAGGGCAAUCUGCGGGAGGUAGCCCUCGCCAGGAUGGCGGCGCUGGGCCUGAGGUGCAGGGAUGUUCGUACACGGGAGGUAGGUAUUCAGGAGAUUCACGGCGGGUCCGCUGUACGACCAGAUCAGGUGGAGCUGUUGCGGCGGGAUUACGCGGCCAACGGCGGCUGGGAGACCUUCCUGGCUUAUGAGGACCCGCGCCAGGAUAUUCUGGUGGGCCUCCUGCGGCUUCGACCGGACUCCUCCCGACAGCCCGAGCUGCUAGGCCGCGUAUCAAUGGUACGGGAGCUGCACGUGUACGGCACAGCCGUUGCCGUACAUGCACGCGACACGGCGAACUUUCAGCACCAGGGCUAUGGCAGUCUGCUGAUGGCGGAGGCGGAGCGCAUAGCCCGCUUCGAGCACCUCUCCACCAAGAUUGCCGUCAUUAGCGGAGUGGGUACCCGCCACUACUACCGCAAACUGGGCUACGAGCUGGAAGGGCAUUACAUGGUCAAGCACCUGCACCCUCCGGCGCCGGCGCCCAUGCAGGCGCCGGCGGCGGCCAUGGCUGCUGCUGUCGCCGAUGUCACCGGCGGAAAGAAGGGUGCGGCCGCGGGGGUUCCGCAGCCUGUGAACAGGCGGCGGCGCACAAUGGCAAGGGGUACGGCACAUGGGAUGGCGGCGGUCGCCAAAGCGGGCUCGGGUGCGGGGUUGGUGUGA